AUGUUUAUAAAAGCAGCUACUAGAUCCAAAAUGACAAGUUCGUUAUUCUCUACUACGUUUGUUGUGGCAUUUGGAUUGGUGGCUAGCAACAACCUCUUGCCAUGUCCUGUUGACCACUCUAUGAAUAACGAGACUCCGCAAGAAUUGAAACCAUUGCAGGCUGAAUCUUCUACUAGAAAGUUGAACUCUUCCGCUUAA